AUGCCCGUCACGCUAAACAUUGUCAAUCAUGCCGCCGAAAACUGGCGCUCCUCUAGAGUUGGCACUUCUGAGAAACUCCUCGAGUUGGUCAGUCCCAAGGAGCACCAGAGAACAAGCAGAGUCAUUCAGAGCUCCUUUGGUGGCCGUCUGCUCGGGGAAAAUCACACGUCCUCGAGUCCCAAUGGAUUCGUGUGGGCAGCAAUCAAGGCAUACAGCUCGCACCAUCAUCUGUCCAUACGACCAGAAGACGUGUGGUUCGCCAUUAUAACCCAGGUCGGCUUCUACGUGAAAGCCCACGCCGAGAGUCUUCGAUCAUUCUUCGUCGAGCACGAGGGGAAGAAGGAACUGAUAAUCGACGUGUACGGCUCUACGGAAACGGUAGACUUUGGCGCUAUUGCUGGCGCAAUGACGCAUUUGAUGGCCAAGAACGUCAAGGACCCGGAGCUGCGCACCUGGGUUAUGCCGUCCUUCUCCACGACGUCGCAGACCGACAUUGCCGUUGCCUCUGUCUUGUUCAUGGGGGCUAUGCAAAAGUACUUCUCCUAUACUAUUCGCAUGCUCUGCGGUAUUCCGUCUGUAACACUUCUUGGUGAAGUCGCAGACUGGGAGGAUAUCCUUUCUAGGUUGGACAAGCUAGCGCAGCUGGGAGAGGAGCCAGGGCAAUUUGCAGACAUGUUGAAGCCGAUCCUGCGAAACAUGGUCCUCUCCUUCACAGAGCCGUCUAGUCCGGCCGUGAUCCGAUUCUGGAACAGCGUCGCGGAUAAACAUCAAAUGAGCGGACUCUGUACGUAUUCUGGGUGGAUCGCGGCCUUUUGUUUCUGGAACGAAAAGGGGGAAGCACAGCUAUCGCGCAAGUGUCGCAACGGUACAUGGCACGCCGUGAUUGACUCAAAAAACAUUCCAGCCGGGUUCUGCUCCGUGCCCGUCAAGGUCAACGACAACGGACGUGAGUUUAACUGCACCAUGAUAGCCGGCUCCGUGGGGAUCCAGGCCCGUUCCAUCUAUCCCUACAUUGCCCGGGAGAGAAGGGCGGCGACUUCUUCUUGGGACGCAGAAAUGCAUGCUAUCCAGCCGCUGUCAGGUUGGUGGAUCUGCGAGAACGAGUCCGCUGAAGAAGCAGAGGCGCCUCAGACCGAGAUCAAAGCUACUCGAGAUGAGUUGAUUGCCGUGGAUAAGGCAUGUGACACUAAAUUGCAAAGGUCGGCUAUCCAUAAAGGACAUAGGCAUACGCCGAGCAUGGCACGGCGGAGAGACUUGAGGAUGCGUCUAAGUGAGUUGAAAUAUUAG